AUGGAGUACGGGGACGACCUUGAGGAGCACGAGUAUGUGACAGACGACUUGAUGCUCAAGGCGGACAUUUCUUAUCACACGCAGAAGGGCAAGUAUCUGGACGACAUGCGCGCGAUAACUAGUCCGGGCAAAGCGGCGGUCGCCGCGCCCGAUGCUGCCGUCGCAGCAGCCGCUCCCGCCGUCGCGGUGGCGGCUCCCGUCGCUACGAAGUUGCCUCGCAUUUCCAUACCUCAGUUUUCCGGACGGUAUGAAGACUGGCCAGCCUUUCGCGACCUCUUCACUUCUCUAGUAGUCCGAAACCCGUCCGCCUCGUCGGUGGAGAAGCUGCACUAUUUGAAAACGAGCUUGAAGGGGGAAGCAGAACAGGUGACUCGACAACUGCCAACAACGGACGCUAACUUUGAGCGUACCUGGCGUGCCCUGGUCGAUCACUAUGAGAACAGGAGGCUCCUGGUGCGGUCCUACAUCUCCAGGCUGUUAUCACUGACUAAGAUGAAAGGUGAGUCUGCUGUCGAGUUACGCAAAAUCUAUCAUUGCGUGCAGACUACCUUAGGCUCAUUGGAGGGGGUCGGUCGAUCCUUGGCGCGGAGUAACGAUCUUUGCGUGCAACUAAUCACGGAACUUCUUGACACGGUGUCGCGGCGCGAGUGGGAGACGCAGCUCAGCCGGACGACGGAACCGCCGUCUCUCGAUGAGUUGCUUGUUUUCAUUAAUCAACGGAUGCGUACCCUCGAGUCUCUUGCACCCGCGAAGAGCGAAACGAACGCUUCCAAGGGCAGUUCGAGUUCUACCCGGUCGAGGACCGCGUUGCAGGUCCGUAAGCAGGACAGUCAGCGAGGCCGCUGCUUCCUAUGCAAUGGUGAACAUUACGUGCGGCAAUGCGAGAAGUAUCUCGGGAAAUCGGUGGCAGAGCGCAGGCAAUACGUGGAGGCGAAUAACUUGUGCGUGAAUUGCCUCGGGAGGCAUAAGUUAUCCGAAUGCCCGUCGCAGAAAACAUGCUUAUCGUGCAGCGAGCGUCACCACUCGACGUUGCAUGACGCCUUCGUCGCCGUCGCUGCGGUCACGGUUCACGCCACAACACCGAGACCAGCUGCUGCUGUCACCACGCUUGUGAUGACCGCGCGCGUCCGCGUAACCGACUGA